GGCCUGAAAAGUGAUUACUUUAAAUCGAGAGAUUAAAAGUGAGAAUUUUUAUAACUACAGGACCAAAAGAAUGAUUAAACUUUUUCUUUCUCCGAUCUGGUGUUGGAAACUUCGGAAUAAGUGGCACUCCUUUAUCUCCAUUUGAUCUGUUUUUCUCUUUUUCUACAAUGUCCAAAGAAGUUGUUGAUGAUCCUUCAGCUGCUCCUUUUGAGUUUGAGAUCUUGGAUAGUGAUUCUUACAUUGUUAGAUCUGUUAGAGCCUCAACCAAUCGUGCAAAUCCGUGGAUUGAACCUGAAAGGCUGAAACUUAGACACAGAAUUGGUAGAGGCAUCUUUGGUGAUGUUUGGUUAGCAACUCAUCAUCAGUCAACUGAAGAUUACGAUGAGUACCAUGAAGUUGCUGCAAAGAUGUUACAUGCAAUUGGAGAGGAUCACAUGAAGACUGUUAUAGAGAAGUUCAAUGAAUUGUAUUUUAAGUGCCAAGGAGUUGCUAGCAUGUCCUGGCUGCAUGGAAUUUCCAUCUUAGAAGGAAGGAUAUGCAUCAUUAUGAAUUUUUACGUUGGUUCAAUUGGUGACAAGAUUGCAAGACUCAAAGAAGGAGGGAUUUCAUUGCAUGAUGUUUUAAGGUAUGGAGUCAAUCUGGCUCAAGCUGUUCUGGAACUUCACUCUCUAGGGAUCCUCAUUCUUAACCUUAAACCAUUCAAUGUUGUUCUCAAUGAGAACGAUCAAGCAAUUUUAGGAGAUUUUGGAAUUCCUAGUCUUUUGCUUGAAUCCUCAUUCUUAAGCAGAGAUAUGGAUAAGAGGCUUGGAACACCAAAUUACAUGGCUCCAGAGCAAUGGGAACCUGAGGUCAGAGGUCCUAUAUCAUUUGAAACAGAUUCUUGGGGGUUUGGUUGUACCAUUGUCGAAAUGUUGACUGGUAAUCAACCUUGGUAUGGAUGUCCUGUUCCCAGAAUAUACCAGUCAGUUGUUGAAAAGCAUGAAAAACCCAAUAUUCCUAGUGGCCUUCCUUCUUCAAUUGAGAAUAUCCUCAGUGGAUGCUUUGAGUAUGAUUUGAGGAAUCGCCCUUUAAUGGUGGAUAUUCUGAGUGUCUUUCAAAGUGCUCUGAAUGAAUUGGCCAAUGAUGGAGAAUGGAGAUAUCUGGGAAAUGUGAAAGUUAAUCCAAAAUCAGAUAGCACUGGCUACACAGAGUGGUUCCUCUCAAAGGAUCAUCUUCAGGUGGGUGACAUGGUCCGAACUAGAAAGCUUCCCAAUUCAUGCAGACCUCAAAACAUGGACAUCCCAGAAGGAACUGUUGUCAGUUUAGAGUCUAACACAGAUCACAGGUUCGCCCUUGUGAGGGUCCAUGGCAAUGACGACCCUAUCAGAAUUCAUGUAUCAUCCCUUGAACGUGUCACGUCUGGAUUGGUAGCUGGUGAUUGGGUAUGUUUGAGGGAAGAAAACGAGAAGCACUCACAUGUGGGCAUUCUACAUGCCAUCAACCGUGAAGGUAGUGUAUCUGUUGGAUUUCUUGGGCUGCAAGCUCUCUGGGAUGGAAACUCUUCUGAAGUGGAAAAGGUGGAACCUUUCUGUGUUAGCCAGUUUGUGAGAGUCAAAGACGCCGUUUCGUGUCCUCGAUUUGAGUGGCGUCGCAAAAGGGGCGGCGCCUGGGCUGCUGGCAGGAUCUCAUGGAUUCUUCCGAAUGGAGGUUUGGUUGUGAAGUUCCCAGGGAUGCUUCCUUUUGGCAAUGAAGCAAACACCUACUUGGCUGAUCCCUCUGAGGUUGAAGUGGUUGAGUUCAGGAAUUGUCCAGGGAUCAUAGAAAAGUAUGAACAUUUAGAGGAUCAUCACUGGGCAAUUAGACCAGUUCUGGUUGCAUUUGGUCUAUUCACUGCUUUCAAAUUUGGCAUACUUGUUGGAAAGAAAGUGAGGAGGAACAACAAGGUCAAUGCAGUAGAAAUUGAAAGUCAUCAUCAGAAUGACAAUUCUGCUACAACAACUUCUACCACCACAAUGAGAUCUUCAAAUGCUGCAAAACAAGGCAAUGGAACAUGGGUUCCUUCAGUUUUUGCAAGUAUAAUUUUUAAGGAAGUUGGUAACUCAUCCAACGGUCGGUAGUUUUUAUGUUUUUGUUUAGUGUUUCUUAAUCAAAACAACUUCUUAAUAAUAUUAUGGAAUGAUAGGUACUAAGUGUAAGUGACUCAGAAUCUUGACAUUUUGUACAUAUCCUGCAAGGAUUAGCUCUGUACAUAGCCGCCAUGCUAUGCAAAAUGAACACAAAUGAGGAAUGUUUACGAACUCUUCCUCAUACAAA